AUGGCUACGAUGCCCGUAGGAACACUGGCAGCUGUUAAUGGUAAGCUUCUACUAUCAUCAACAGCCAGCAUUAAACGACUGUCUAGAACCAAGGCGACACUCCGAUCGAACAACAACAGCAAACGCGCUUGUUUGCCACCAGUGCCGGCGGACCUGUCCCCUGACGACCAGAAACGAUGGUAUAUAGUCGCUGAGAUCGUCACACACGAGCAAAACUAUCUUGAUGGACUGCACAAGCUGGAUAAAUAUAUCUUUCCCGUAAUGUCAUUGGAUCAUACGAUCGUGGACGAAGAUAUAGCGCAAAAGAUUUCCGCCGUACACCAGCACAUCUGCAUGCUGCAUGAGGUCAUAAAUAGUUUGAUGGAGAAAUGUGUCGAAGACUGGCCUACAGAAAAUGUUGCCGGUUGGAUGGUCUCGGCUAUGCUGGAACAACCGGUGUUGCUGCACUGGUACAAGAAGUUCAUCAAGCGCUACAAACAGACGGUCCAGCUCUACACCGAGGAAUGCCAGAGAAACUCCAGGUUUGCGUCGUAUGUUACGGACAGGCUACGUGCAGUUGGUGGACAACGAACAUUUCAGGACUACUUUAUACUGCCGGUCCAACGAAUGCCCCAGCUGUUUUUGCAGUUAAAGGAGCUGGCUAAGUACACGCCCGAAACCCAUAAAGAUCGGGUCAUGGUGGAUAGGUGCAUCAAACGGGUCGAUUACUUGGAAAAACAGCUGAAUGAAGCUAGCGGCAAUAACGAAACCGUUGAGACGGUGCUGCAUGCUAUAGAGAAGUGGGAUCCUUUCACAACCUUCGCCCAUGGUCAGGGCAAUUGCCACUUGCUGCACAGUGGCGUAUUGAGGGAAAAUUUUAAGAAAGAUUGUAUCGUUUUGCUGCUGAGUGACAGACUUGUCUGUGCGGAGCUUCCCGACAGGAAGAGUGAAGCCCAGUGCAGUGAGCAGAAGGUAUGUUCCCGGCAAACCAAAGCGAUCGGCGAGCUGAUAAUGGUUACACCGCUCGAGGAGCUUGAUGUUGUGUGUGGCCAGCUGGAUGAAUUCAGACUGGAUCUUGAGGAAGGUAUGCGAGAUUUUAUGAGUAUGUUUGAAGAGCACGAUACGACGCCACCUUUGGAUAUGUGUCUUGAGGACUUGGGCGAACUUUGUUCCAAUAGCCAAGCGGUGUUAAACUCACAUUCUAUUUACGCCAUUUUUUUAUUACAGUCAUCUGAACCAGAGCGGGAUGCUCCGAAAUUAAUAUCCCUACGGUUAAGUAAGGAUAACAAGUACUUAUUGUUGGCAAAGACCGCAGACGAAAAGAAGGAAUGGUGUUACAAUAUACGUAUGGCUAAGCUAGCUUUGCGUCCAGAGAACUGUAUUGGUUGGUGGCAUAGCGUGAUGUGCCCACCGUACGAGGCACUAUUUUCCGAGUCGUUUAAAGCAGGCGAUCUGGAUGGUGUAUGGAGUGUAACAGGAGCCUGCUGCUUUGUACCCACUACAACUUCCUCGGCGUACUCGAACGAGCAGUUCCGUACAUGGUCGAAACAACACCACGUUCUGUGGCUUAUCUCACAGGAUACGCAUAGCAGCAAGAUCUCGCUGUAUAACCACGAUCGUAAGACGCACCGGAUCGAUAUGCGUGCAAACAUCGAUUUCCCGAACGUGGAAGUCACCUCGAUGGUGUAUGUGCCAGUGGGACAGGUUGGCGAUACGGCGACGGAUACGGUGUGGAUUAUUACCGAUAGCCACAUGCUAGUUUACUCUGCCACCUAUCCCAUGAUUGAUAAGCAAUUGAAGAGCAUCAGCAUCGAAAGUAUUCCUGGCUGCUUGUUCUACCAUGGCAAGCGUGUGUUCGUUAGCAUGCUCGAUGGACGUUUGCUAGUAUUUUCCCUCAAAGCAAAUGAUGUUUGGGAUAUGGAGAACCCACAACAGAGCGAUUGUGGUUUCGUCUCCGCAAUGUGUGCGGUUGAUUCCUACGUUUACAUGGCGAUUGAUACCCGUCUAUAUGUGUACGAUAAUCAAGCUGGUGAUUUCGUGAAGCAGCUCUUCUUCGCACCUUGUGGCAGUUUCAAACGCAAGCAACGCAUAUCCUUGCUACUCUAUUCUAUUCACGGAUUGUGGAUUGCACGACGCAACUGUGACGUAAUCUCACUGUACCAUGCCAAACACCACGUCCAUCUGCAGGAUAUCAAUAUUAUUGCACGUGUGUACAACUUCAUGAUCGGACACCUCUUAGAAAAAUCGUCGGCAUUGAAGUAUCUAGAAUGUGUAACAGUAACAUCGAUGCAGAUAAUCGACAACUUUUUGUGGAUUGGAACAAAUGUUGGGCUGCUGCUAUCGUUGCCGCUACCGCAAUCAGCCAACGUUCCAAUUACGGCAUACGAAUUGGCAGUGUCGCACCACGGUCAUUUGGCAGAUGUUAAAGUCAUUGUAUCGCUGCCAUCACUGCGAGCACCAGAAGAGCCGGAACCAGAAAAUAGCGACACUGAUAUUGACCCCUUACUGAUAGACAAACUGUACAUCAGUACCAGAAUGUCGAAUUGCGAUUUUAGUGUAAGAAGACCAGACGUCUCUUUCUGGGAUCAAAACGCGCCGGAUGAAUCGAACAACACUUCAAAACAUUCGAUGGAUAUGGCAGAUGAAACUACAUCCGGCAAAGAAGAAGCGGCUGAAUGUUCUACCUGGGCUCCCAACUCCACGUUGAUCAUCACUGGUGGUAGUGGCUGUAUUAAGCGAUGCCAGUACACUUUCCACAACAGACCUUUUCCGGAUUUAUCACACGUAUAUAACACGUCGAUUGGCGUAGAGGUUACAGACAUCUGGGAUGUGAUAACAGACGACAAAAAGGAAAAUGUUGUUGUGUGGGAAAAGCGAUUGAAGUGA